UCUCGAUUUACUUCAACAAAAAGGUUAAAACACCGGUCGGCCGGAAUGAAUAAGGCAGAUCGGGCUGGCAGCCUCUCAAAAUGGGCCGUCUUGCUGACGCGGGCUUCCCCCGACCCGGAUCCUCUUGUUCCUCCGGUCUCCACACGGCGUGAGCACCAGCCAACCAUGCAACCGGCGGGCUCGACGGAGUCCUCGCCGGCGGCGCAACAGCGCAGCCCCAGGCAGGCGGCUACAGCCAGAGGGCACGGCACCAGGCACUCGGAGGCGUACGGCUUCGUGGGGUCCAUCGCCGCAUCCGCCGCCGCGCUCGCGUACAUCGCGUGGGCGUACGCGCCGGAGCCGUGGCUCUGCAACAUCGGCGCGACCUACUACCCCAACAAGCGCUGGGCGGUGGCCGUUCCGGCGUUCGUGGCGGUGGCCGUGGCGCAGGGCGUGGUCAUGUACGUCGCGUCCAACUUCCUCCUCGCUCCUCCGCCGGCUUCCUUCAGCACCAUCUCCGAUGAACACGCCCGGGAGCCGUCUUCUUCUCUGCGGACUGGAGCAGAUCAAGCCAUCGAGCCCAUCACGGACAUCGGCAUUGACCGGAUGAACCAUCUCAUGUUUGGCGCGCAAGGGUUUCAUUCACUUCCAAGACGACGGACCCAGCUGAAACCAUCGUCAUUUCUUGAUGAUUGAUGCGCAAUGGUUUUGUUUUUUUGCUUUCCAAGAUUCAUUACUGAAGUGGCAUUUGCAUGCUCUACAAAUUACAGUCUCCCUACUGCACUCACAAAAUGUAACAUAUGCUGCAUAGGCCAGAAGUGAGUUUGCGCAAGCCAAACAUCAUCUGUAAUAACAGUCACAUAUAAUGUACAACAACACACCUAACGAACA